AUGUAUAGUCCAGAAUUAUCCCAACCUCUAUCACCUGGUUCACAAUCUGAUUUCGAUGUACUUUCUCCAUUGUCAAGUGAUGGCAUGGAAUUUAAUAUCGGAACCAAUAGUGGAGACAAAACUAAAAAGAGACAAGUUAGAUUGUUAAAGAAUCGGCAAUCGGCAGCCUUGUCCAGAACAAGAAAGAAAGAAUACAUCCAAAACUUGGAAGGAAGAGCACAAGAAUUACAAAUUUCAACCAAUGACCUAAAGAAUAACAUCACUGGUUUGAGCGCCGACAACCAAUAUUCACUUCUUCGCCUUGAACUUUUACAAAAACAACUUCAAUCAGUUGUCAAUGAUAACAAGGUUCUUCGAUCCAAAUUAAAUGUUGAUGAUAUUAGUAAUAAUAAUAAUAAUGAUAUGGAUACAACAAUGAUGGUUGAGAAUAAUAAUAAUAAUAAUAAUAAUAAUAAUAAUAAUAAUAAUAAUACAAAUAAUAAUAAUAAUAAUAAUAUUCACAAGAGUCAUCAUAUAUCAUUAAGAGUACCAUCAUCAUUAAUUCGUGAAAAUGAAAUUAUUAUUGGCAUGAACAAGAUGAUGAACAAACCACCAUCCAUUUCAUCAAUGGAUACCGAAUCCAAUAACAAUAAUAAUAAUAAUAAUAAUAAUAAUAACUGUAAUAUUUCAACAACUCCAACAAACCCAACUUUAACCAAUCUUUUAUCACAACCACAAUCACCAUUCCUCAGUGUAUCAAAUCCAAAUGUCAAUUCUCAACCAUCCUAUUUAUCUCGUGCUAGAGCAGCUUCGUAUCAUCCAACCAAUGAAAUCUACAAGCCAUCUUCCAUCAACCAACAACCAACAAUUUCCAACAUUACCAAUUUAUCAGAGCAAUCCAACAACAAUAAUAAUAAUAAUAAUACUUUUUCGCCUGUAUUGCCCUCACUCCACCAACUUACCAAGGCAAUUACUCCAACCUUGGGAUCAUCACCACCAGCCAGAAAGAAUCUAUUGGGAUAUUACCAUUUCAACCAACAACAACAACAAUCACAACAAUAA